UUUUCAAGUUCAAAGGGAGACCUUCAGUCUUAGUUGGGAUUAUGUUGAUGAUAUUGGCUUGUUUCUAUUUAAUUUCUACACCAAUAUGGGGCUGGAUAUACGAUCGCAUUGCGCAACGAUUCUCGCCUUCAUUUGUUAGAAUUAUUGGUGGAGUAUUAGUUGCUAUUUCUCCUUUAUUAAUGGGUCCAGCACCGUUUCUGGGAUUGGAAAAAAAUUUAAUUCUGAUUGGAAUCUCAUUUGCAAUACUUGGAAUAUCCUGCGCUGCACUUUUUGUUCCUGUAUUUAAAUGGUGUUUGGACGCUGUAAAAAAUGAAGGAUAUUCGGAAAAAUCGUCAACUACUUGUGGGCAAAUUUCAGGAUAUUUUAUAUCAUUUUUUGCACUUGGGUACUUUUUUGUGAAGUUAAAAAAAUUAUUCCUAAAUAUCUAUAGUUGUUUUAUUGGCACAGCUGUAGGUGGUUUUAGUGCUGAACAUUUAGGAUUUCAGUGGACAGCUACUGCUGUAGCUGGUAUACAAAUAAUUAAUGUAGGUGUUUUUACUGAAUGAUGAAAGAUGGGUGUUUUAGAGAGUUGACCUCACCAUAAAAAAUCCUAUACAGCUCAAUUAAAGGUAUGCUAUUUGAAAUCUGGUUGGCUAGAGGAUGGGGGUAGAUGGCGUCUAAUAGAUGACCUCUAUUUAAUGUACUCCUCAUUAUAAGAAAUAAUCCUUGUCCUAAGGGGUUUAUAUUAUG